GGUAAACAUUAACCUGAAUAACCAGUAACCUGGGUACCGGGCAGACAUGCUGAAAAACGUUGAACAAGAACACUAUUGAUACCGAAGUUCGACGCAUAAUAAAGCGUUUCAACUUACAAAUCCAACUGACGUUCAUUUCUACAAAUAUGAGUUUUAAUUUCGGAACACCCAAGACCACUGGUCAGGCUUCAGUGUUUUCCAUGAGUACUCCAGUAAACACUUCAAGUAAGCCAGCACAUUUGUAGUAACAAAUACAUUUGAUGUUAAUUUAUUCUAAAAUUAUACAUCAAAUUACCAAAUGGACACAAACAUAAUAUUGUAUGUGAUAUGUCAUUGUUAUAAACUACCACAUUAUUAAUUUUCAAUAAGGUCUGCAUGAAUACCUAACAAUACAAAAGCGUUAAAUUUGAAUUCCAUUGUUUUUUAACAAUAAUUUCCUACUGAAUGGUAAAACAGAACAUUUAUCGUUAGUUUUCAUUUGCUACCUAUAACUAGAGACAGUGUUUAAAUAAUGUAUGAUUACAUAUUUUGACAGUUAUAUUGUCAAUAAAAUGAUAUACAACUUUGUUUCCUACACACAAACAAAUCAUAUUUAAAAUCGAAAAAUAUUUUGGACCAUAUAAUACAUUUAAAAAAUAUAUUUAGAUAUAGGGAAAUUUUAGGUUAUAGAUUAAUGAAAUAAAUACAAUAAAGGUACUUUUUGUUUAUCUCGAUUAAGUACCUGAGUCUGAGAUUUUUUUAAAAUUAAAAACCUGUGAUGAGAUGGAUAAGCUUUGUUGGCUUAUUACAUACACCACUAGUGGGCCACUGUUGUGAAGUAUGUCCGUCUUUUUAUAUUUUGUUCUUUCAUUUGCUCUCAUGAUUGCUAUUAUUAUAUCAGUUAGUUCUAGUUUGUUAUAGCCUUGCCACAAAUUUCGGUUUAUUGUGAUUCAAUUUUUAUGACAUAACUUAAAUGCAUGUCGGAUAUUUAAUUGAAAAAAAAAUUCUUAUUAGCAAAACCACGUCAAUGCAUUUAUUACAGUGGUGGGGCUGUAAAAUACUAAAACAAUUAUUAUAAACCAAGAAAUAUUAAAUUGAAAAUUGAUUAAAUACCUAUGUAUUUUAUAUUAGGCGGACAACCUCAGUUGGGAUUAUUUGGAGCUACUACUCAAUCAUCAGGUAUUUAAUGCAUUUUUCUACCUUUAUACCUACUUCAUUAAAAGUAAUUUGAUUUAACUAACAAUAAUAAAUAUAUGUUUAAAUAUCUUGAAAUAGAAGUUUAAAUUGUAGAAUUGAAAACAAUAGGUAUUAGGUGUCUACCAUCAAAUUAAUACUUAUAUUAUAUUUUAACCAGAAUUUAAAAUAAUAUAUAAAAUAAAAUAUUUCUUCCUUGAAAUUCGCAAUCUUUUAUACUUCUAUUUUAUAUAUUAUUUUAAACAUUUUAGAUCUAUUUUUAAUGCAUAAGGUAAUUGUAAACUUCGCCAAAAUAACUAUUAGUUAUUUAUACUAUUAGGUUAGUAAUUUUAUAUUUUAAGUGUUAUAUUUAUGUUGGCAUAUAAAGCGUAACUUUUAUUUAAUAUGGACGUUUAUUAAUUAUUAUUAUGAAAAUUGUGUUAUUUUUUAAAUUAUAUUAAUUGUAUAGGUACUGUUAUUUGAUUUUCUUCACUGACAGAGUUUACAUGAACUCAAUUUUACCCGAUUAUUUUUCCUAUGAAGAUUAUACCAAAAAUAAGUAAUUAUGGCAGAAUUUACAUGUGUUUAAAUAUUUGUUCAAUACAAGUUCAAAAUUAGAUUAUAAAACUUCAAAGUUAACUAAUAAAACAUUGUAUGCAAUAUUUAAUCUAAAAUAAUUUUUUUCAUCUAUCAAUAAUUUAUACUUAUUUAUUUUUAUUUUUAAAUGUAUAUGAAGUUAUUAAAAUUAUUAAAUUAUUAAAAGGUUUAGUUAUCGAUAGGUCUCAGUGUUUUUCAAAAAUUUGAUUUGAAGGUUUAAUAAAAAAAACUGACAUUAAAUUGAAGAAUUAAUCUGAUCGAUAUAAUUCACACUUUAUAUUAAAUUGACUGUAAGGAAAUUUGGUUUAAAUUGCUAUGUUACAUAUGUGGUAAAAAAAGAAAGAAAAUAUUAUUAUUCAAUACCCUCAAUUUAUAAUAAUUAUAUUUAAAUAGGUAUUUUGCUUUUAUUAUCUUUUAAAUUUUUUUAGCUACUGCAUUUGGAUCAAUACCACUUCCUACAUUUGGCAGUUCAUCUUCAUUACCUUCAAGUACACCCAUUUUGGGCUCAACAGCAGCAACAACAAAACCAGCAUUUAAUUUAGGAUCUAUGAACACGCCUCCUUUUUCUCUAGGUACUACUCCAAAUUUUGGAUUUCCUUCAGCAACUAAUGUACAACCAAAUAAUACAGUAGCAGCUGCUACAACUUCAGCACCAACUAGUUUUACUCCAUCUACAAUGCCUGCUUCUCAAGCACCAACUACUCUAGCAUCCACUGGUUUUUCUUUAGCUGGUACUACUCAAGCAUCUACUGGUUUUUCUUUAGGAGGUACCACUCAACCGUCUACUGGGUUUUCCAUUGGAAACACCACUCAAGCAUCUACUGGUUUUUCAUUAGGGAGUAGUACCACUCCGGUGUCUACUGGUUUCACAUUGAGUACAACUCCAGCUGUAUCUUCAAGUUUUUCAUUGAGUACAACUCCAGCAUCAACUACUGGUUUUUCAUUGGGUACUACUGGAACAACUGCACAAACUGUUACAACUCAAAUUACAACGGCAGUUUCUACACAAGCUCCACUUACUACAUCUCAGUAUGUUUAACAUUUAAUUAAAUACAUUUUUAAUACUCACAUAUAUUACUCAAUAUUUUAAACUUUUUAGACCAGAUAGUCAAUCUAGUUUAGCUCAACCAACCAAUUUCCAACAGCUUGUUGAUUUAAUUAACAACUGGACAGUCAGUUUAGAAAAUCAAGAAAAACAAUUUCUAAAUCAAGCAAAUGAAAUCACUGUGUGGGAUAAUAUAUUAACAAAUCAAUCAGCUAAGGUACUUUUUAUUGAUAAUUUCAUUAAUAUAUGGUAAAUUAUUUUAAUUUUAAAAUACAAAUUGUAGCUAGUAAAACUUUAUGACAUGUUGGAACGUAAAGAAAAAGAACAAUUAGAUAUUGAACAAGAACUUGAUUUUUUGUUAUCUCAACAAAAAGAACUUGAAGACUGUUUAGUUCCGCUGGAACAAGAAUUACAAUCUGCUGAAGUGUUAAGUAGUUUAAACAAUGAAAGAGAACCAAUGUAUGUUGUUAUAACUUAAUCAUUUUUGCUUCAAAUUAUAUUAAAUUACUUUAAUUAAGUUUCUUUUAUUAUUACAUGUAGAUACAAAGCAGCUCAAGAAAUUGAUAAUCAAGUAAAACAAAUGUCAAGUGAUAUUAAGGAAAUAGUAAAUAAUUUGAACAAAACCAACUCUAAAAAAGAUUCUGAUGAUGAUGUAAGUAAUCAUAGUAUUAAUAAUUUUAAAUUAUACAUGUGAUGUAAAUUAAAAUCAAUCCCAAUUGAUUUUAAUUUUGUUUCAGUUGGAUACGAUUUGUAGAAUAUUGAAUUGUCAUAUGACAGCAUUGCAGUACAUAGAGCACAAUGCAGAAAAUUUAAGCACAAUGGUAAAGGAAGUGAAUGAAGAACAUACUCGUUUCUUAAGUGCAGCUAAUGAUUCUUCUUUCAUGUUAAACAAAUAAUUAUUAUUACAAACUUACACGUAUAUUUUGUGUAUAUAUAUUUAAAAAAAUACCUUAUACCUUUAUAGUCUUAAUACAUACAAUAAACAAAAAUCAUACAUUUUGAAUUAUUUCAAUUAAAUUAUUUAUUUUAUUUGAAUUAUGGCUUAUCUUGUUUAUAUCUCAUAAUUAUUAAAAGUAUUGAUGAAAAGUGAUUAAUUUAUAAUAUUACACUUUACUUAUUUAAUAUAUAUGUAUGUGUAAAAGCUGCUUUAAAUUUCCAUAUAGUUAAAAAAUUAAGUUGUGGCUACUGUUUUAAUUUAGAAAAUUCAUAAAGGAAGAGUCUGUUACACACACUGUUUCAAAUUUUACAUUUCAGUUAAUAUAAUCAAUAUUACCAAUAUGUUUAAUUUAUCUAUUUUCCUUUUAAAUAAAUUCAUAUUUAAAAAAGACUUACAUACUUCGCACGUGGGUGCAGCCACUGUUGUAGGUCGGAAGUUGAGAAGGUAUAGGAUACUGAUGGGAAUUUACUGUACAUCUGUAAGCAACAAUAAACCAUUACUAACAAAAAAUGAUUCUGAGUGGAG